GCCGGCGCGCGAGUCCAGACGCCGCUCCCGCAGCCGACAGCGCCCGCCGCCCGCAUGGCCUCCGCCCGCCGCCCGGCGGGAGCCCGCCUGUUGCUCGCCGGCCCGGGCCCCCAGGACCUCGGCGCGCCCUCGGGGAGCCGCGUCCGCGAGGAGCCGCGGCCCGGAAACGACCUGCCCGCGAGCUCCGGGGGCAGCCGCGCGGGGCCGGCCACCCGCCCGCCGGAGCCGACCGCUGGGCGAGCACACAGCAUCGACCCGCGGGACACGUGGAUGCUCUUCGUCAGGCAGAGUGACAAGGGCGUCAAUGGCAAGAGGGGGAGCAGAGGCAAAGCCAAGAAGCUGAAGCUCGGCCUGCCAGGACCCCCGGGGCCCCCCGGUCCACAAGGCCCGCCAGGCCCCAAUAUCCCACCUGAUGUACUGCUGAAGGAGUUCCAGCUGCUGCUGAAAGGAGCAGUGAGGCAGCGUGAGCGCGUGGAGCCUGAGUCCUGCACGCGCGGCCCCGCCACCGCCCCGGCCGCCACGCCGGAGGACCGCGAGGAGGCGGCGGGGGGCGCGGGCGUGCUGGCGCUGCUGGCUGCUCCCCUGGCCCCGGGCCCGCGGGCGCCGCGCGUCGAGGCCGCCUUCCACUGCCGCCUACGCCGGGACGCGUCGGUGGAGCGACGCGCGCUGCACGAGCUCGGUGUCUACUACCUGCCCGACGCCGAGGGUGCCUUCCGCCGCGGCCCGGGCCUGAACCUGACCAGCGGCCAGUACACGGCGCCAGUCGCUGGCUUCUACGCGCUCGCCGCCACGCUGCACGUGGCUCUGGCGGAGCAGCCGAGGCGGGGGCCGCCGCGCCCCCGGGACCGCCUGCGCCUGCUGAUUUGCAUCCAGUCCAGGUGCCAGCGCAACGUCUCCCUGGAGGCUGUCACAGGCCUGGAGAGCAGCAGCGAGCUCUUCACCGUCUCGGUAAACGGCGUCCUGUAUCUGCAGACGGGGCAGUACACCUCCGUCUUCCUGGACAACGCCAGCAGCUCCCCACUCACGGUGCGCAGCGGCUCCCACUUCAGUGCCGUCCUCCUUGGCGUGUGACCGGCGCUGCCCUCUUCUGCUCGGCGCGAGGGGCCACCGCCCGGCAGAGCUCUCUGGGCAGCGUGGGAGUGGCAGAGGCCCCUGCUGGAGGAAGCCCACUGGAACUGCCCACAUUGGUCACCACAGUCCAGCCCCGAGAUGGCCACUGCAGGCAGCCGGGGGAGGGGACAUGCAGACCUGCGUGCGGCCCCAGAGCCAGGGCUGACUUCAGGACCCCUCGUUACAGGGAACGGCCCUGGUGGGCUGUGAUCCGCAGCCGUUUCUAGGUGGGGUCAGUGCACCCAGAGGCGCUUGCUUCGCCCCUGGCUGUGGACCCCUCCUGGCCUAUUAGGCGGCUUGCCUACAGCCUCAGCUGCUAUUUCUGGCCCAGCCCCACCGUUUCCUUCUCUCUCAAGGUUCUCAUGGGUUGCCUGAGUGCCAGCAUGGAGGGCAAAGGCUGGUCGGCCUGCCUGGGUGCCCUGUGUGGAGGGGCAGGCUGUGCAGGGCUGAGGGGCCUCCAAGGGGAUGUGAGCGGCGUGGUGAGGCCGGUGUGGGCAGGAGCCUUCCCACCAGUCCCAUCUCUACCCGGGGCUCCCUACUCCCUGCCUGCCCCUCCCCAGACCAUGCCUGUGGCCUGCCCAUGGCCUGCAGUGACCACAGGACCCAAGACUCUCGUGGCCCCCUCGGCACAGCAGUCUUAGACGCCAGCCUGGAAAGGGCUUAUGGAGGGAGCGAGUCUGGGCCCAGCUUCCAAGAUCGGUUUCACUCCCGUGUGCGAGCGAACUGGGAUGUUCACCUUGCAGACAGGAGCUGCCCUCUCCCCGUCUGCCAGCCUGUUCAGACUAGGCCCCUCUUCCGCCUGCGAGGCUGACUCCCUGCUUGGAGCCAGAUGACGGAGCGAGUACAUCUCUGCAGGUUAGACGGCCAGGCCCUGCCCACCCACCUGGCCAGGCGGAGCAUGGCUUCCCACCGCCCACAGCUCCGGUGCCCACCCGUGGCCUAGCUGGGUGGGAAUGUGGCCCUGGGCUCUGCCAGCUGGAGGAGCCCGUGCUGAGGAAGAUCUGGUCGUGGGAAGGCUGGGGACCAAGUCCACGAUGCUGCUGUAGCAGUGAUGGGACCUGGGGGUGUGGAGACAUUCCCACGAGGAGACACAGGUGUUGUCGGGCUGCAGCACACUUCUUCCACAGUGCAGGACCAUCCCAGGCGGGUGUUCCCUCCAGCCCCGCACCCCCAACUGCCUGCGGAGAAAGUUACCCCAACCCCCAUCCCUGCACACCCUGCUAACAUGAGACCUGGUACCACAGGAUGUCCUGGGGACCAAGCUGGGUACAUUCAGACCUGGGAAAGAAGGGGGCGAUGGCUGCUGUCACCCUAACCUUCUAUCUGGCCUCAGAAUGAGCAGCUGACCAAGGCCAGGCCUGUCCGCAGGAGCCCGAAGCGUCCAUUCCCACAGAAACAUCUCUCCCAGCCAGGCCCCCCAAGCGCAACAAACCCACAAACCCACCACUCUGCCCCUUGGCAGGUCUGACGCAAUUCUGAGUAGGACUUGCACCCUCCCUACCAGGAAGUGCCAGCCGGCCUGUCCUGCCUCCCUACGCUGAUAAGGGGUGGUGCAGCCCCACCCUUUGCUGGAUUUCACUUUGUAUCCAGUGGACACAGAUAUUUUAGAAAAGUUAUCUUUUACCCUCGAAAAAGCCACAGAUCUUUCAUUUUCUCCACAUACGUGUGAUAUACAGCAAUUUAUUGAAGUAUUUAUUAUAUAAUAUUGCCAGGUGAAAUAUAUUUAUAUAACUGAUUUUAUGGAGUGAUUCAAGUACUUAAGAAUUGUGUUAUGUGAUUAUACAGUUACAAAAACGGCAUAGGCCUGAAAAUACGGAAUCAUCAUUCCGGCCAGGCCCAAGGAUGGCAGGGGCCUCUGGGAGGGCGGGGGGCACCCUUGCCGGGGAAGCCACAGUGCCCGGCCUCUCCCAGCUCUGGGACAGUGGCACUCUGGGAAUUUGGGACGUGUGAGUCACAGAUUGACACCUCGUUUGCUACAGGAAGAUGUGUACUGAAUAAAUUGUUCUAUUUCCCGA